AUGUCAGUAAGCCCUUCGAAUUCGCCCCCACGCACCCCCGACGACCGCCGUUUCUCUUCCAAUUCAAAGUCAACGACUCCCAACUCGGACGACUCCUCAAUCAUCGACGACCUCUCAUUUGACUACAUUUUUGACCAGGAUGGAAACUUCAUACGUCUUUCCAAGGGCUCGUCUUCAAAAUCCAACAACUCGUCGCCUCCAACACCUCAGGAGACAUCUCUCCAUCCAGAUCCACCAAACCUCAAACCCUCAUCUCCGGAUUUACACGCCUCACCCGUCCCACGAAUAUCUCUUUCGCGUUCAGAAAGCGCGUUUCCCAUCCUCACAGGCUCGACAGGAGGCUCAAUGGUGACACAGAACGACCGCCCAGCAAGAUCCUUUCAACGAGUCGCGUCUGGCCCUGUUUCAUCAGCGCCCUCGUACUUAGCGCCUACAUCAUCUUCGCUCUCGAAGCCCCGUGCAGCACCACGCCGUGUGGCGACCGAAGACGCGCGUGAGCGACACGAAUCGAUGGGAGCAUCACGGGCGAAACAGACCCUCGACUAUGCACUACAGGAAGAAAAGGAGAAUAUUAGCGAAUCCGAUGAGCAUCCUUACGUUGUUCAAGCUGCUUCGGUUGCGACGAAGCAAAGAAAUUCGCCACCCCUGGUUACACGCUCUAUGUCCUCAGCCUCCACACGUUUGACGACAGCACGAGCAGCUUAUCUUGCUAAUGGCUCCAGCAGUGCGAGUGGCAGACCGCUCGCGGACGUGUCCGCACAACGUGCCCGGUCAGUCUUGCCCGGUCCCAACCGUGUCGGUCGAAUCAUGAAGUCAUCGUCCGCAACCAAAUAUGGUACUUCCAAUGCUCAAACCAACGUCGAUCGCAUUUCCGAGGUUGAGAGUAGUGACAACGAGACAGGUGGCCGUCGUUCUCCCGUCGUCGCUCCUGUUGGAGGAGAGGACACGGAGCCAGAAGACGAGCCGCUCCCAACUGCUAUUGAGCCAGCAAACAUCCCACUGCCUCAGCCCAUCCCAACAGGUGCAGUCCGCACUCGUGGCCUGAGCAUCAACGUGAACGGUCUCACGCAGUCUGGCAACACGCGACCUCGUAGAUCUGCCAGUUUAAGCGAUGCCCUCCACAACGACGACUACCAAUUACAGUUGCAACACCAGUACCAGAACCCUAAUUCAAGGCCCGGCACCAGUACGGGCCAUCACGCAGACGGUGUUGCAGGACCUCGAAGAGUUACAGCCCAGGAGCGCGAACGACAAGAUCAAGAUGGUAGGGCAGAGCUCAAAAAAUAUCGUGCCCAAGACGAAAUGGAACGCAGGGAUGAAUUUUCGUCUUCUCCUACCCAUAACCAGCCACUUCAGUCAUCGAGACCCGCAUACGGGCAUAGGCGACGGGAUUCGGACACUCUCCGAAGCCUCGUCCCUCCCACAUCGGCUGUAUCUCUUGGCUCACCAACGGUUGUCGAUUCCAAUCGAGGGUCCCCUCCGCUAGCGCCCCGCCUUCAUGCACGCCCUUCUCCUUCCGCAACGUCAAAAGGGCGUGCAUCCCCUCCUGUUGCGAAAGGACGACUCUCUCCUGCCACCUCGCUGAAGGGACGUACAUCUCCACCUGCCAAAGGUCGCCUUUCACCUGCGACCGCAAGUAAAGCAGCUCGAGAUGUAGCAAAGCAUCGACGAAGCCCGACGGCUCCAGAACCCUCGACGUUACGAGAAUCGGAUCCUCCAGUUCAUCCUCUUGGCAAGACUUGGGCAGGUGUGGAGAAAGAAGAAAGGGAUGACGAGUACGAGCAUGGAGGUGCCUGUAGCUCUGGAGAGAGGGAACGUGAAAGGGAAAGGGAACGCGAAAGGGAAAGAGAACGAGAGAAGGAUCGUGACAGAGAAAGAAAGUGGCAGCAAUUUCAGUUGUCUCAACAGCAACAACACUCGCAGUCGGUUCCAACAAUUUCGUCGCAGUCAGCACUUCCAUCAUCUGCCCAAAGUCAGGCUACUCAAUUCAAUCGGCAUAUUGUGGUCAACAAGAAAGCCUAUGCUCGGCUGGACAUGAUAGGCAAGGGAGGCUCAUCGCGUGUCUACCGUGUGCUCAACCACGCCAACGAACUUUACGCCAUUAAACGGGUUUCGUUAGACAAGACGGACACGGAAACUAUGAAUGGGUAUAUGAACGAAAUCGCACUCCUCAAACGCCUCGAUGGUAAUAGUCGAAUAAUUCGCCUGAUCGAUAGCGAGCUCAAGCCGGGUACUGGGAGUAAUAAAGGGCACCUCUUGCUUGUAAUGGAAUGUGGCGAGAUCGACCUUGCUCGGUUGCUAUCAGAGCAGACGAAGGACCAGCUGAACAUGGUUUGGGUUGCUUACUACUGGCAACAGAUGCUCCAAGCAGUGCAAGUGAUUCAUGAAGAAAAGAUCGUGCAUUCAGAUUUGAAGCCCGCAAACUUUGUGUUGGUCCGCGGUCAGCUGAAGCUAAUCGAUUUUGGUAUUGCGAACGCAAUAGCCAACGAUACAACGAACAUCCAACGAGAUCACCAGAUUGGCACUGUCAAUUACAUGAGUCCUGAAGCCAUCGAACUGCCAGAUGGUAUGCGCCGACUGAAAGUCGGUCGCCCUUCGGACGUUUGGUCCUUGGGUAUCAUCCUAUACCAGAUGGUAUACGGUCAACCACCAUUCCAGCAUCUUUCUGUCUACCACAAGAUGAAGGCGAUCCCUGAUUUGACACAUGUGAUUGAAUAUCCUGAGUAUUCAGUUCCUACUGUACCAUCGUCGAAAGCCGGCAUUCCAGGGGCACCACCUGAACCUCCAAAGAGACUAGAACACCUCAAGGUGCGAGUCCGGAAGGAUGUUGUGGCCACCAUCAAGAGCUGCUUGUGCCGCAAUGCCAAGGAGCGCGCGACAAUACCUUCCUUGCUUAAUGAUCGCUGGUUGGCAUCACAAGAACCUCCUGCUCAACCGGCGCUCAAGGAGAACGAAGCCGUCAUUACCCCAUACUAUAUGCACCAAUUACUGGAGUACGGCGUCAGGUUAGCCAGUGAAGGGUCGAUCGAUCCGGAAUCGUUGCUGAAAGACGCAGAACGACUGGUCCAAGAACUGAAAGCUAUCCAAUCUUAA